ACAUAUGCGCGCACACACCAGCUAGCAGCCGUAGUUGCAUCCUCCCAGGGUUCGGCGCAGGAGAUGGACGAGGGCGCUGCCGGACGAGGAGGGGGCGGCGGCGUCGUCGCCGCCGGCGAUCGAUCGAGCUUCGUGAUCGGCCUCAUCGAGAAUCGAGCGAAGGAGGUUGGUGUUGCAGCAUUUGAUUUGAGAUCAGCCUCACUGCACCUAUCUCAGUAUAUCGAGACGAGCUGUUCAUACCAGAAUACGAAGACACUACUGCAUUUCUAUGAUCCGAAUACUGUAAUUGUGCCCCCAAAUAAAACUGCGGCAGAUGGUAUGGUUGGAGUUUCAGAGCUGGUUGAUAAGAAUUACCAAGCAAGCAAAAAGGUCACAAUGGCACGUGGUUGCUUCGAUGAUACCAAGGGGGCGGCUAUAGUAAAAAAUCUGUCGGCUAGAGACCCAUCUGCCCUUGGUUUGGAUACUUACUGCAAGCAGUACUAUCUUUGUCUUGCUGCGGCCUCUGCAACAAUUAAGUGGAUAGAAUCAGAAAAAGGUGUCAUUAUUACUAACCAUUCACUGUCAGUUACAUUCAAUGGCUCAUUUGACCAUAUGAACAUCGAUUCAACUAGUGUUCAAACAUUAGAAAUAAUUGACCCUCUCCAUACUGAACUGUGGGGUACUAGCAACAAAAAGAAAAGUCUCUUUCAGAUGUUGAAGACUACAAAGACUACGGGAGGGUCUAGACUACUGAGAGCCAACUUAUUACAACCAUUAAAAGACAUUCAUACUAUCAAUACUCGGCUUGACUGCUUGGAUGAGCUAGUGAGCAAUGAGGAACUGUUCUUUGGCUUGACACAAGGUCUCCGUAAAUUUCCCAAAGAAUCAGAUAAGGUUCUUUGUCACUUUUGCUUCAAACCCAAAAAGGUCACAGAUGAGGUACUGAAGCCUGCCGAUGGUCGAAAGAGCCAACUGUUGAUAUCUGACAUCAUUGUACUAAAAACUGCUCUGGAUGCAAUACCAUUCCUCUCCAAGGUUCUGAAGGGGGCAAACAGUUUUCUUCUUCAGAACAUAUAUCAGACCAUAUGUGAAAACCCAAAGUAUGGGAGCAUGAGAAAGAGAAUCAGAGAAGUGAUUGAUGAAGACGUUAUUCAUUCGAGGGCUCCUUUUGUAGCCUGCACUCAGCAAUGUUUCGCUAUUAAGCCAGGGGUUGAUGGCCUACUUGAUGUUGCUCGCCGAUCCUUCUGCGAUACCAGCGAAGCCAUACAUAACCUUGCCACCAAGUACAGAGAGGAGUUUACUCUGCCAAAUUUGAAGAUACCGUAUAACAAUAGACUGGGGUUUUACUUUAUUAUACCCCAGAGAGAUAUUACGGAAAAGCUUCCUAAUAAAUUUAUCCAGGUUGUUAGGCAUGGGAAGAAUGUCCAUUGCUCAAGCUUUGAGCUAGCUUCGCUAAAUGUUAGGAACAAGUCGGCUGCUGCUGAGUGCUUCUUGCGCACUGAACUCUGUUUAGAAGGACUUAUCAGUGAGAUCAGAGAAGACAUUUGUAUCUUAACACUGCUCGCAGAAGUAUUAUGUCUUUUGGACAUGAUUGUAAAUUCUUUUGCCUACACAAUAUCUACAAAGCCUGUUGAUCGCUACACUAGACCGGAGUUUACAGCAGAUGAUGGUCCAAUGGCAAUCAAUGCCGGACGACAUCCUAUUCUGGAGAGCUUACAUACUGAUUUUGUUCCAAAUAACAUCUUCCUUUCCGAAGCAUCGAAUAUGGUUCUUGUUAUGGGGCCAAACAUGAGUGGAAAAAGUACAUAUCUUCAACAGAUUUGUCUAAUAGUCAUUCUUGCGCAAGUUGGCUGUUAUGUUCCAGCUCAAUUUGCAUCACUGAGAGUGGUUGAUCGUAUAUUUACACGGAUCGGCACUGGAGAUAAUGUUGAAAACAACUCAAGCACGUUUAUGACGGAAAUGAAAGAGACAGCUUUCAUCAUGCAAAAUGUUUCUUCAAGGAGCUUGGUUGUAGUUGAUGAGCUUGGAAGGGCUACUUCUUCCUCUGAUGGGUUGGCAAUUGCAUGGAGCUGCUGCGAGCACCUGCUAUCCCUCAAAGGCUACACGGUGUUUGCGACACAUAUGGAGGGCUUGUCAGAGCUCGCGACGAUGUAUCCAAAUGUGAAGGUCCUCCAUUUCGAGGUUGACUUGAGGAACAGUCGCUUGGAUUUCAAGUUCCUGCUCAAGGAUGGCCUCCGACGGGUACCACACUAUGGGCUUCUGCUAGCCAGAGUGGCCGGCCUCCCUGCUUCAGUGAUCGACACCGCGACCAGCAUCACUUCACGUAUCACAGAGCAGGAAAUGGUUAGGAUGGAUGCGAACUGUGUGCAGUACAAGCCGCUGAGGAUGGCGUACCAGGCCGCACAACGGCUCAUCUGCUUGAAGUACUCGAACCAAGGGGAUGACUACAACCGUGAAGCAUUGCAGGACCUCAAGGAGAGUUACGCUGCAGGCAAUUUGAUAUGAAACAACAAGAGAUUGCGUCUCCAGGAAUUUGAUAGAGGUUUGUUUGUAGGUCUAUCUUAUUUUCAUCCAUCGCUGUAAUAUACAUUAGUCAGAGUCCGAUACUGAAAGUGGACACCGGAGAGAUCCCUUGAUACAAACCA